AUGCGUUUGGACGGCGUUGCCCCUCCGCCUGAUGCGGUUGAGCCCAAGAGUCAGCGGGAGAAGGAUGAGGACGUGGAGGACCUCAAGGCUAUCAAUAAUGCGCCUGAGGUGGACGCCUUUGGUGAUGAAGCUAAUGCGGAGGUCAAGUACAAGACCUUGAAGUGGUGGCAAUGCGGAAUGUUCAUGAUUGCUGAAUCCGUGUCGCUCGGUGUCUUGUCUCUUCCGGCUACUAUGACGGCCCUGGGUCUUGUUCCCUCUCUCAUCCUCAUCAUCGGUCUCGGUAUCCUCGCCCUGUACACUGGUUAUGUCAUUGGUCAAUUCCGUGAACGCCACCCUUACAUCCACAACCUCGCCGAUGCGGGAGAGAUCCUCAUGGGCAGCUUUGGUCGGGAAUUGUUCGGACUGGGCCAGAUUCUCUUCUCCAUCUUCAUCAUGGGUAGCCACAUCGUCACCUUCACUGUUAUGAUGAACACCAUCACCGAUCACGGUACCUGCUCCAUCGUGUUCAGUAUCGUUGCAUUCGUCAUCUGUCUCGUUCUCUCGCUGCCUCGCACUAUCAAGAACUUGACUUACAUCUCCACUGCCUCCUUCCUGAGUAUCUUCUCCGCGGUUAUGAUCACCAUGAUUGGUGUCGGUGUGCAGUACAAGGGUGGACAGAACAUCAGCAUCACUACCGAGACCAACCUGUACACCGCGUUCAGUGGUGUGACCCAGAUUAUGUUCGCGUACUGUGCGCACGUCGCCUUCUUCGGUCUGAUUGCCGAGAUGGAGGAGCCUAAGGACUUCCCCAAGGCGCUGUGUCUGCUGCAGGGCUUCGAAAUCUCCCUCUACGUUACCGCCGCCAUCGUCAUCUACUACUAUGUGGGCAACGGCGUUGACUCGCCGGCCCUGGGAUCGGCUGGUCCUGUCUUGAAGAAGGUGGCCUACGGCAUGGCCAUUCCUACGAUUAUCGGUGCCGGUGUGGUCAACGGACAUGUUGGUCUCAAGUACAUCUACGUGCGCAUCUUCCGCAAGUCGGGUCGCAUGCACAAGAACGACUGGGUCUCGGUGGGAUCCUGGAUUGGCAUUGGCGUGACCUGCUGGGUGAUUGCCUGGAUUAUCGGCGAGGGUAUCCCCUCUUUCAGCAACCUGGUCAGUCUCAUCAGUUCGCUGUUUGCCAGUUGGUUCAGUUUUGGUCUGCCGGGUGCCUACUGGCUGCACAUGAACUACGGCCAGUGGUGGUCGAGCCCGAGGAAGUGUGCUCUGACUAUCAUUAACAUGCUCAUCUUUGCCAUUGGUGGCGCGAUGUGCGGUCUUGGUCUGUACGCGUCCGGCAAGGCGAUCCACGACGACUCGUCUCGGUCCAGCUUCUCGUGCGCCAACAAUGCAUAG